GCUACUUUAACCACUAGACUAUGAGACCAGCCCAGCAAUUGAAUUUCAACAUGAGUUUUGGAGGGGACAAACAUUCAAAACAUAGCACACCCCUUCUUUUACCACUGGGGCUCCAAGAGUUCCAAUAUUGUAACCAGAGGGGGAGUCACUGAGGGCUCAUUGCCCCUCUUCCCCAGAUGCUUGUGGUCCCCAGCAACACUGAGCCACUGCGGGUGAGGGCUAUUGCUUCACGCCAAGGCCUGCCGCCAAGGAGGAUGCCCCAACCACCUGCCAGCUCCAGGCUGCACCAUGAGUGAUGAGCGGCGGCUGCCUGGCAGUGCGGUAGGCUGGCUGGCAUGUGGAGGCCUCUCCCUGCUGGCCAAUGCCUGGGGCAUCCUCAGCGUUGGUGCCAAGCAGAAGAAGUGGAAGCCUCUGGAGUUCCUGUUGUGCACUCUUGCGGCCACCCACAUGCUCAAUGUGGCUGUGCCCAUCGCUACGUAUGCUGUGGUGCAGCUACGGCGGCAGCGCCCUGACUACGAGUGGAAUGAGGGCCUCUGCAAGGUCUUCGUGUCCACCUUCUACACCCUCACCCUGGCCACCUGCUUCUCUGUCACCUCCCUCUCCUACCACCGCAUGUGGAUGGUCCGCUGGCCUGUCAACUACCGGCUAAGCAAUGCCAAGAAGCAAGCUGUGCACACUGUCAUGGGCAUCUGGAUGGUGUCCUUCAUCCUAUCGGCCCUGCCUGCCGUGGGCUGGCACGACACAAGCGAGCGCUUCUACACCCAUGGCUGCCGCUUCAUCGUGGCUGAGAUCGGCCUGGGCUUUGGUGUCUGCUUCCUGCUGCUGGUAGGCGGCAGUGUGGCCAUGGGCGUGGUCUGCACAGCCAUUGCCCUCUUCCAAACACUGGCCAUGCAGGUGGGACGCCGGACUGACCGCCACACCUUCACUGUGCCCACCAUUGUGGUGGAGGACGCACAGGGCAAACGGCGCUCCUCCAUUGAUGGCUCUGAGCCCGCCAAAACCUCUCUGCAGAUCACGGGCCUUGUGGCCACCAUCGUUGUCAUCUACGACUGCCUCAUGGGCUUCCCUGUGCUGGUGGUGAGCUUCAGCAGCCUGCGAGCAGAUGCCUCGGCACCCUGGAUGGUGCUCUGUGUGCUGUGGUGCUCCGUGACCCAAGCCCUGCUGCUGCCCGUAUUCCUCUGGGCCUGUGACCGCUACCGGGCCGACCUCAAGGCUGUCUGGGAGAAGUGCAUGGCCCUCAUGGCCAACGAUGAGGACUCAGAUGAUGGUGAGGAUGGCCUGAGAGUGGCCCCUGUGGAGAGUGGCAUCUGGAUGGAGUCACUGGAGACCAGCCUGGAGGGUGGUAUUCCCCCAGACCUGGUGUUGGAACGCUCCCUCGACUAUGGCUAUGGAGGUGACUUCGUGGCCCUGGACAGGAUGACCAAGUAUGAGAUUUCUGCCCUGGAGGGGGGCCUGCCCCAGCUCUACCCACUGCGGCCCUUGCAGGAGGACAAGAUGCAGUACCUGCAGGUCCCGCCCACGCGGCGCUUCUCCCACGACGAUGCGGACGUGUGGGCCACCGUCCCCCUGCCCGCCUUCCUGCCACGCUGGGGCUCUGGCGAAGACCUUGCCGCCCUAGCACAACUGGUAUUGCCCGCCGGAUCGGAUCGGCGCCGCAGCAGCCUUUUGGCCUUCUCCGAGGAUGCACCCCCCUUCCGCCCACGCCGCCGCUCCGCAGAGAGCCUGCUGUCACUGCGCCCCCCGGCCCUGGACGGCAGUCCGCGCCGCGACCACGAUUCGCCGCCCAGCAGCCCGCGUCGCCGCCCGGGUCCUGGAACACGCUCCGUCUCGGCCUCGCUACUGCCCGACGCCUUCGCCCUGACGGCCUUUGAGCGGGAGCCGCAAGCCCUGGGCCGCCCGCCCGCCUCGCCCGGGCCCUUCCCAGUGGCGCCUGUCACCCUAGACGACUCGGAGGCCGGCGAGGCCCCGACGACCCCUGGCGGCGGCCGCGCUCAGCGGAGUCGGGGGACGCUCCUGGCUGCGCAUGCGCACGCUGGGACUUUGCAGACUGGCCUGAGUGUGUCCUGGGGCGAGCCCGGAGGCCUGCGCGUUGCGGGUGGCGGCAGCACUAGCAGCUUCCUGAGCUCACCCUCUGAAUCCUCCGGCUACGUCACGUUGCACUCAGACUCGAUGGGCUCGGCAUCCUAGGGCCCGCCAGCACAUCCCAACGGAAGCCAGGCAGGCCAGGCCGCCCGCGGGGGCCACAGCACCAAAGAUGCCGCCCCUGUCCUGCGCUCAGACAUUUGCUACCCCUCCCAGGGUGGGGGGUGACGGCCUCAAGGCCUCUGUCUUCCUGCUCCUCGUGUGAGUAUUGCCUGCAGGGAGGAGAGGGAGUGUGUAAUGGCUGUCCUGGAACACUGCCCUGGGUGUAGACCCGCCUCUGGCAUCUCCAGGGCAGAAUGAGGCUAGGUUUGGGUAGUGAGUGAGGCUCUGUGCAUCCAACUGCGCCUUCCCCAGCCCUAGGUGCCGGGAACACAGGGACAGGGCCCCCAUCAGACAGAACAAAGCCCCUCCUUGGAAGAGCAGGAGUUGGAAGCCACUGGACUGAACAGGACUUUCCACUCUGCACUUCAACUGCCAUAGUCCAGGGGGUGGGGUUUAAGGGUCUCUAAGCACAGGGGUCUUCAGAGCCCAAACAAGCUCUCUGAAUAGGUCUCCACUUCUGGCCUGUUCUGCCUCAGUUUCCCCAUCUGUAAUGAGCAGGUGACCAUGUUAACUCUCAGGGCUGUUUGAAGAAGUCUCUUGGUCCAUAUGCCUUGGCCAUUGAGUGGACCAGGCAUGAGAAGUAGUCUAGGACCCUCCGUCGAUCCUUGGUGGGAUCAGUUUUCAGCAUGUGGCCUGGUGUGGCCCCCCCAGGACUGAGACCUCCCACUCUCAGUGCCCUUGCCCCCUUGGGAACUCACACCACCCCAGCUAAGCACAAUUUUGCACCAUCACCACUAGCACUACAGCCACACUGACCAUCAUUAGUCUCCCCACCCUCAUUACUCCACCGUGGUUGCCUGUCCUACCACAUUGGCCACCUCAUGCCCCUCACCAUGAAGGCUGUAGAUACGUGGUAGAGAGGACUAAAACUAAGGGGUGUGGGCCUUAUCCCAGUGCCCCUCCCAGCCUCACCCCCUGCCUGUGCAGGUCUGCAUAAGAAGUUAUCGGUGAGGGUUCUGCCCUCCAUCCCAGGGGAAGAGCUUGGCUUUGCUUUCUCUCCUGGGAAGUCCCUUUGCAGGCCCGGACUUUGUUGUAGGCCCUGAGUCUUCCCAGGCUAAGAAUAGGGCUAGGAACAGCUGUGGCCUUGAGCUAGAGGGACAGGGCCAAAAGUGAAGUCCUGCAAGCAGUGGCCCCCCCACUGUGAAGACCUGGAGUGAGUUCCAAGGCCGGCACAGAGCUGACCUCCAUCCUGUUCCUCUGUGCUUCAGCAGCCAAGCCCAUAGUCUACCACUCCAGACAGGAUCCAGCCCCAGAGGAGGCCACUGGGGAAGGUAUGCCCACCUCUGUCUUGGCUUCGGAGGCCUCUCCAGUCCCUGGCUGUGAGGGUAACAUGUGAUGAACCUGGCCCCAGGUGAGCCAGGUAGAAGAUUGCAGUCCAGUCCCAUAUGUGGGAGGGGCCACUUCUAGCCAAAGCUCCUGUGCCUUCAAGGACCAACUUGUCAUGUGAGGGCAGAGGUCACCAGUUAGCCACUGUCCUCCCCACAGACUGGCCUAUUUGUCACCUUGGGUUUUCACGCUGUGUAUUUCAUUUCCAAUGGCAAUACUUUCAGAGGGACAUAGUGCCCUAAAAUUGCUCCAGUUCUGGUUUUUACAAAAAUAAAGGGAAGACCCCAAGGGGAAGACCCUCAAGCCUGAGGCUCUCUCCCAUACUUUGUUCAGCCUCGAGGCCUAUUUGCUGUGUUUAUAAGGAGCUUGACCCUGGGCUUACUAGGGAGGAGCUGUCUACACCACCAUCCAGCCCAGAGCCAGGGGUCCAGUUGUAGUUUUUUUGACAGCUGAGCAUUUUUCUUCUGUACAGGACCCAAUAAAAACUUCCUUAUGAUUUGCA